AGACAUUUGUAUUAAUUGAUAUUAUUGGUUGUAGGUAGAGCUACAGUAGUAAGUACAAGUGUGCUUAGGGCGGAAACGACAAAUAGUUGAUAUAACUGUCUUAUCUGGAAUCUUAAAUUUGAAGAACCAAGGAUUUUGAGGGAUUUCAGGUACAACUAUCAUGAUGUUUUGCAAUGUUUGUGGAGUAGUUGAUGAAUAUUAUGAUGAAAAUUCAGAGGCUGAACAUAAUGCUACCCAAAAACACAUUUGUAACACAAUUUUACUAAAUUACAAUAAUAAUAAACGUUGUUUUGCAAGUAACAGAGAUGGUGUUAAAAUUGUGUGCCAUUCGGAAAGUCUUCCAUUUGGUGAUGCUAAAAUCAUGAAGGUUGAAAAUAUAUACCACCUAAAGAUUAGAAUGACUGCAAAACCACAACAGAAUGUCAAGUUUACAUUUGAUGUUACUAAUGAAAUGAAGAAAGAAGAUCUACUCUUUCAUGGAGUUCAACUGGCUCACCCGCAAACACAGUUCGAAAUGGAACCACACCGGUUCCUGUUUGAAAAUGAACCUCAUAUAAUUAAAAGAAAAACGACUAUUAAGAAUGAAAUCAAUAUAAAAUUUUGUGCUCAGGACGUGGGUCAAUUUGAGAUGCCCAUUAUGUUUACAAUCAUUAGGAAAGCGCAGGAGAAAAAACAAGGAGGAAGAAAUGAGAAAACUUUAAUUUUCGUCAGGGAAAUGCUCAACUGGUUUUAAUGAAAUCCAGUAUGGAUAUAGACGCAGCUCAACUGGUUUUAAUAACACCCAGUAUGGAAAUACACGAAGUACGGACAGUUCAUUGUUCAGAAUUCCGAAGUUGAUGAAGACUUUAAUGGCAGUUGGCCUCAAUGAGGAUUCACUUGACCGACAUAGGGCAGGUGAUGAAAAAAUGCGGAACCUUAAGAAAUUGCACGCGGUAACUAACGAAAUAUUUAACGAUGGCAUAACCGUGAAAAACUACGCAACCUACUUCCGCCAUUUGCUUUGGUGGGAGGAGCUUAUUAACCGUAUCAACUUGAAGAAAUAUAAUAUGUUUGGAGUACAAAUAAAAAAGGGCCACUUCUAUAGUAUAGAUGUGCCUGGGCUGGCUGAGAAAAGACCAUCAUUGAUAAAAGGUGAUCGUCUCCUUAUUUACUGCAAGGACAACAGCUUUAUUUGCGACGGCACCAUAUCAGAAAUUCAAGACAGCGCUAUUGUUAUUAAGGAUUUCUGUAUGAGAUUCACUGCGCUCUACAGACCCCACUUCUUAUACAAUGUCCGGUUCAUGCCGUUACGUUUGCCAAUGGAGCGCAUGCAUGAAGCGGUAGAUAAUGUAUUUGCCAACAAGCAAAUGUGUCGCGUGUUCCCUAAACCGAGCAUUAAACAAAUUCCUGUCAAGGAGAUCACAAGGUUCUACAAUCCUUUGAUAAAGGACAACAAGGAACAGAAAUCAGCAGUGGAACAUAUUGUCUCUGGGUCUUCGGGGCUAGCGCCUUACAUUGUCUUCGGACCACCGGGGACUGGGAAAACAAUGACUAUAGUUGAAGCAAUAGUACAGAUUGUGGCUCAGAGCCCGCGUCAUCGCGUCAUGGUGUGCACGGAUUCCAACAUGGCCGCCGACCACAUAGCGCUCCAACUGUUACAAUAUAAGAAGCAGCUCAACAUCAAUAACUUUAUGUUGAGGGCCAACUCACAAACACGAGAAUGGAAACUGAUGCCGCCUGCUCUCGCCAACGUAUCUAACGGUACCAGCUUCGACACAUUUUUCUCCGUGAGCAACGGGAAAGCAAGCACGUACCGGGUGCUAGUGAGCACGCUGUUGCACGCCGCUAAAUACUGCAAGGCUGAUGGUAGAGGAAACAGGCUGCAGUUGACACACUUGUUCAUCGACGAAGCCGGGCAAGCCUCGGAGCCGGCCGCUCUGGUGCCCAUAUCAGGGUUGCUGGCACCCAGCGGGAACCUCGUCCUAGCUGGAGAUCCCAAACAGUUGGGGCCGGUUUGUCACUCCAAAGAUGCCAAGGCGAGGGGAUUGGGCACAUCUCUAUUGGAACGCUUGAAAUCAACAUACCAGAAUAUGUAUGAAUCCGACCCCAAUUAUAUCACGAUGCUGAUCAACAAUUUCCGUUCGGACCCGGACAUAUUGCGCAUUCCUAACAAAUUGUUCUACGGAAAUAAUCUCAAACCUCUAGCAAAGCCAGAUGAGUUGAGUAAAGUGAGCAUCCUUGGCUUACCCGGCGGUAACAAAGCUGCUAUUUUCCACGCGGUACAUUCCCACGAACAGAGAAUGGGAGCAGCACCAAGCUUCUACAACGAUAAGGAGAUAGAGUUAGUGCGGAAAUACGUGACGGCUCUGGUAAAAGUUCACAAUGUGUUGCAGAAGGAUAUUGGAAUCAUCGCACCGUAUAUUCGACAAGUAUAUAAAAUAAAAGGCUGGCUCAUGAGCGCCAAGUACGACGAGAUAGAAGUGGGAACCGUGGAGUCGUUCCAGGGCAAAGAGAAGCGAGUCGUGAUCGUGUCGUGUGUGCGCGCCAACAGCCAUCUCCUGGACUAUGAUUUCAAGUACACUCUGGGCUUCCUCGUUGACGACAAGCGCUUCACUGUUGCUGUGACGCGCGCUAAGGCAAAGCUGAUAAUAAUCGGCAACCCGACAUGCCUCAUCAGAGACAGUAAGUGGCGCGAGUACAUGGAGUUCUGUUUUGACAACCAAUGCUACUUCGGCCAGGAGUCACAGCAGAUGGAGCGAAACACGGCCCUCCUCACGGAGAUCGCUAAAACACGUUUCGAGAGAUGUCGCCUGGCUGACGUUCUUCGACAAACCAGCGAGGUGCUUCAGAAUUAAUUUUAAAAUGCUUAAGACUUGCAUUGGUUGCGCGAAGUCUAAAUGUUGGCGCGGCAAGGGAUCUGAUUACCUGGUUGUCGAGAGUCCAUAUAUAACUGACACACACAUUCACGAUUGUUUUCGCAAACACCUAAAAGGAAAUAAGUUGGGAAACAAGUUUUCACUCCAGCAAUGCCGGCAGAAGUGAAAACUUGAACAUUAACGUUGUGCAUUUUUGAAUAUUAUGGAAUCGUAAUAAUUUCGCACGAAUUGCUUUAUUUAUGAGUAGUUAUAAACUACUAACAUUUAUGUAGUUAAAUACAACAUUCAUUUAUUGCGCUAUUCUACACAAAAAUGAAAAUUUAUGUAACAUAAAAAAUUAGACACCAGACCUAUUACAAUUAUUUUACAUUAUAAAGUUUUGUCCAUAAUUUCAACGACUUUCUUACGAAUUUGUGAUGUGGCCACGUGUCCUGACGCGAGUUUAACAUUUUAUACCCAUCUCAAGAAAAGUGCUCAACGCUGCUAAAGAAGUUUUCUCUUGAAUAAUUAACACAUUUUAAUUAACACUUAAUAAUAACAAUAACAAUUUAUACUUACGUUCAAGCGACUAUGAUCCCGAAAUAUUUCGUGAGUGACAGUUAAGCUAAAACACUCGUCUUUUAAUUCAAUAUCUCUAAUCGCUUAGCGUGGCCGUACACAUACGUUUUUCGAUUCGAUUAUCCGAUCGGUAAAAUUAACUGACGUCCAUUUGGAUUCCGAUUCGAAUAAAAUAAAUCUUUCCAAGCACGAUUAUCUCAUAGCUGAUAUGUAACUCCACACUGUUAGGAAAUUUUUAUUCUAUCCGAUUCCGCACAUAAAAUAAGCACGGUCGUAGUCGAACCAUUCCGAAAAUUCUGAUCAGUAAAAUUAACUGAGGUCCAUUUGGAUUACGAUUCGUAUAAAAUAAAUCUCUCCGAGCACGAUCUGAUACAUACCUGAUAUGUAACACCACACUGUUAGGAAAUUUUUAUUCUUUUCGAUUCCGCACAUAAAAUAAGAAAGGUCGUAUUCGAACCAUUCCGAAAAAUCGAAUCGGAAAAAGUAUGUGUGCGCCCGCGCUAAAGUUUGCUCACACAAGGUGCACCCUGUCUUCUCGUCCCAGGGCGGUGCCGUAAGAUGAAUAAAAUAAUGGCUUAAAAUGAAGGUUCUGUGCUUGGACUUUUGGAACGCGCAAUCAAUACAAGUUAAUUCGAGAAGACUAGAGAUCAGGGUCGAUAGUUAAAAAUCUAAGUCAAGCAUUACAAAUAUGUCGAUUUGUCAAUAUUGAAAUACACUUUAAAGCUGAUGUUUUGAUUAUGUAUACUCUUGUGAGCACAUUUUGUGCGAUUCAGUUCAGAAUGAAAAGAGUACAUUUUCUAUUGAAACUAGAUUUCAAAUAGAAUUUCUUUUACAUGGCACUUUCAUCUGCCUACUAAUAUUUCUUUGUUUUUGUAUAUCCUUAAACACACUGACUGACACGCACGCAAUGUGCGCACUUGUACGCUGCAAUUUGCGUUUCUUUUUACGCAUUUCUGCAUAAAAUGCAUGGACAGUUUUAAACUGACUGACACGCACAUAAUGUGCGCACUUGUACGUUGCAAUUUGCGUUUCUUUUUACGCAUUUCUGCAUAAAAUGCAGUGACAGUUUUAAACUGACUGACACGCACACAAUGUGCGCACUUGUACGCUGCAAUUUUCGUUUCUUUUUACACAUUUCUGCAUAAAAUGCAGUGACAGUUUUAAAUUGGCUGACACGCACACAGUGUGCGCACUUGUUCGCUGCAAUUUUCGUUUCUUUUUACGCAUUUCUGCAUAAAAUGCAGUGACAGUUUUAAACUGACUGACACACAUGCAAUGUGCGCACUUGUACGCCGCAAUUUACAUUUCUUUUUACGCAUUUCUACAUAAUAUGCAGUGCCAGUCUUAAUAAUACACCCUGAGUUAACAUCUAAAUAAAUAUCGUAGAACUAGUAAUAUAAAUUGACGAUGGAUUGCAUGUUCAAAAUUUAGACAAAAUUAUUGUACGAUAAUUUUGUAAUGGCAUCAUUUUAAAUAAGCUCUUCUUAACCAUAUUGAAAAUAAAUAGUAUUUAUUUUAUCUAUAUUCCUGUACUGUAAAAUAAACCAUAUUUAUUUUUAAAA